AUGUCUCUUGGGCCACGCGCCAUACAGACUGCGUUCAAUACGCUACCCAUCGAGCUCAACAAGGCCAUCGCUCAUUACCUAGACACCGACAAGGACAUCAUCUCAUUCCGCUUGAUAUGCAGGGGCACCAAUGAUGCUAUCGACGCCGACCAUGGAUCUUUCUGGCGCCAUGAAUUCCGCAGAAAGUACGCUUUCAAAGAGGGUCCAUCCAACAAGGAGUUGCAGAGGGCAUAUCAGCGACGUGCUAAGAUGCUUCGACGAGGCACUGGUUACGACUACUUUCGUGGAUACAAGAAGCGGGAACAAGACGUUAUCGAGGUGCUCCGAGAUCUGAUAGUCGACUCAUUCCAAGGCACCGUUGACUUCGACAAGUACGGUCGACCGCGUUGCAAGAAUCAAGAUCGUCUCCUUGAGUUCAUCAUGAACUCCAAGAUUCUUCUCAACGACCGUCGCGCGCCAGAUGUACGCACUCGGUCGGAGAAAACCGUAAAAAAGGAUACCAAUCCUAUGCUUGCCGCCGUCAAGAUCAUCUGUUCGUCCCUGCUCUUCGAACAUGACAAUCUCAAGCAUCAUGUCUUCGCCAUAGAGCAACUCCAGCGCGCCGCGUACGCCUCAACGAACAAGGCUCCCAUCUACGAAGGAUUGAAACUCACUGAUGUCAACAUGGAGUGGAUCAUGAAGUGUCUCGAUUUCUUCCGCUACCAUAUGAUGAACCGCGAGACGUUCACCCUUGCCGAUGCUAUGGAGGAUCUUUCUGCGUUGCAAAAGCCAACAGCCUGGCAAGAACCUCUCAGGAACGGUGCACUUCCCCUGAGCAAGCACUGGAAGGGUACAUACUCCUUUCUGGACCCCAAGGAGCAAACGAAGCUUCGUGCUCUCCCAGACGACGAUGACAGCGACACCUACUUCAGUGACAAGAAUAUAGACGAGGGCAAGAUCCAGUCUCUUGAGCUUGACUUCGAGCCCAAACGCCAACUGAAGUGGCCGAAGCUCUUUGAGCAACGUCUGAACUCGUUGCGCGAGACUUCUGAGCCUGAUAUGCCGCAGUGCCGUAGCAAGGCGAAGUAUUCGGUCAACGCUAACUUGCAGUUCACGGGUACCGGCAUGGACCUCGAGGACGACUUCCAUGCUAUUGGCUGGCUCAAUGCUCUGCCAGAUCAGUGCGGUAUACCUGGCUGGCAACGUAUCACGUUCAUGAAGCACUUUGCCGAGGACCUCGAUGACGUUGAUUCAGACAAUCUUUGGGCGUACGAGGGCGUCGUUCUGCCAGGAGGUCGCAUCAUCGUCGGUCGUUGGUGGUUUGCUUCUGAGACAGUCAACUACCGUGAUGACUACAAUGGUCCUUUCAUCCUCUGGGCCGCAGAACCUGAUGAGUUUGAGGAGUCCAACGACAGCGACUCGGAGGAGUAG